UUCCUCAGCUACUACUGUUAAAGCGAUUCUCUCUCACUAAAACCCUCGAACACAUCGCCUCUUAUCUCUCUCUCUCUCUCUCUCUCUCUCUCUCUAGAUCUACUCACUCACUCGCUAUGGCUACUAUCACCGUCGUUAAGGCUAGGCAGAUCUUUGACAGCCGUGGUAAUCCCACCGUUGAGGUCGAUAUCCACACAUCCACUGGUGUCAAGGUUACAGCAGCUGUUCCGAGUGGAGCUUCCACUGGAAUCUACGAGGCUCUUGAGCUUAGGGAUGGAGGAUCAGACUACCUUGGAAAGGGUGUCUCUAAGGCUGUUGGCAACGUGAACAACAUCAUUGGCCCAGCACUUAUUGGAAAGGACCCAACUCAGCAGACAGCUAUUGACAACUUCAUGGUCCAUGAGCUUGAUGGAACCCAAAACGAGUGGGGUUGGUGCAAACAAAAGCUUGGAGCCAAUGCUAUUCUAGCUGUGUCUCUUGCUGUCUGCAAAGCCGGGGCUGUUGUCAACGGCAUUCCUCUCUACAAGCACAUUGCCAAUCUUGCUGGAAACCCAAAGAUUGUCCUUCCAGUUCCUGCCUUCAACGUCAUCAAUGGUGGAUCCCAUGCCGGAAACAAGCUUGCUAUGCAGGAGUUUAUGAUCUUACCUGUUGGAGCUUCUUCCUUCACGGAAGCCAUGAAAAUGGGUGUGGAAGUUUACCACCACUUGAAGUCUGUGAUUAAGAAGAAGUACGGCCAGGAUGCCACCAAUGUUGGUGAUGAAGGUGGCUUUGCACCAAACAUUCAGGAGAACAAGGAAGGUCUUGAAUUGCUCAAGACUGCUAUUGAGAAGGCUGGCUACACUGGCAAGGUUGUCAUUGGAAUGGACGUUGCUGCUUCAGAGUUCUACUCAUCUGACAAGACCUAUGACUUGAACUUCAAAGAAGAGAACAACAAUGGCUCUCAGAAGAUUUCUGGAGAUGCUCUCAAGGACCUGUACAAGUCCUUUGUUGCUGAGUACCCAAUUGUGUCCAUUGAGGACCCAUUUGACCAAGAUGACUGGGAACACUACGCUAAGAUGACCACCGAGUGUGGAAAAGAGGUCCAGAUUGUCGGUGAUGAUUUGUUGGUCACCAACCCCAAGAGAGUUGCAAAGGCAAUUGCCGAGAAGUCUUGCAAUGCUCUUCUUUUGAAGGUUAACCAAAUCGGAUCUGUAACCGAGAGUAUUGAGGCAGUUAGGAUGUCGAAGAAGGCAGGAUGGGGAGUGAUGACCAGCCACAGAAGUGGUGAAACCGAGGACACCUUCAUUGCUGAUUUAGCCGUUGGGUUGUCUACUGGACAAAUCAAGACUGGUGCUCCUUGCAGAUCUGAGCGUCUUGCCAAGUACAACCAGCUUUUACGUAUCGAGGAGGAGUUGGGAUCUGAGGCAAUCUACGCUGGAGUCAACUUCCGCACACCAGUGGAACCCUACUAAGUGAAGCUUUUAGAAGCAAAGUUGGUCUUCCGUUGGCGAGGAGAAGAUGACUUCCGAGUUUGAUCAUUUUGCUUAAUUAAAUAAAACGUUUGUUUUGUUUUUCUUUGUUGGGUUUUACGUUUUUUAUUCAUGAACCCUUUUUGUGGGGGAGAAAAGUUGUGUUCAUUUUUGUAAGGGGAAACAUGAGAGAGCUCUGCCUUUACGGAGGAUGGUAGCCCCUAUUUUACAAUCUAAUUUCGGCUUUACCCUUUAAUUUUCUC